UAUCUUCAGCCACACCUAUUCUUCCAUAAAAACUCAGCUUUCUAGCUAGCGGUUACUUCAGUCAGGUCAGCCGGUUCAACAGGCUCACCAUCGAUUGUUUCAUUUCCUCCUUUAAGAUCUUCUUUAAGUGAACACUCUGAUAAUGGCUCCAUCUCCAAAAUGCCAUGGAAAAGCAUGUCCUGCUCCGGAACCAGUGCCGAAUGGUCUUAUUCGCCUCUACAGCAUGAGAUUUUGUCCAUUUGCUCAGAGAGCAAGACUGGUGCUCACUGCCAAGGGAGUUAAACAUGAAAUUAUCAACAUCAAUUUGAAGGAUAAGCCUGAUUGGUUUCUGGAGAAGAAUCCUUCAGGGACAGUGCCAGUAUUGGAAACCUCAAGUGGUCAGGUGAUCUACGAGUCACCAAUCACCUGCGAGUACUUGGAUGAGGCCUACCCUGAGAAGAAACUGCUCCCAUCUGACCCGUUUGAGAGGGCCCAACAGAGAAUGCUGCUGGAUCAUUAUUCAAAGGUGAUUCCAUACUUCUAUAAGAUCUCUAUGGGCAAGAAAAGAGGAGAGGACGUCUCAGCAGCUGAAGUAGAAUUUACAGAAAAAGUCUCCCAACUACACGAGUAUCUGGCGAAAAAGAAGACCAAAUAUUUUGGGGGCGAUUCAAUCACAAUGAUUGACUACUUGAUCUGGCCAUGGUUUGAGAGGGCAGAGAUGAUGGGCGUAAAGCAUUGUUUGGCUAACACCCCUGAGUUAAAGAAGUGGAUUGAAUGCAUGUUCGAGGAUCCAGUGGUCAAAGCCACCAUGUUCAACACAGAGGAUCACAAAGUGUUCUUCAACACCUACAUGGACGGAAACCCUAAUUAUGAUCAUGGUUUAUAGAGUAAAAUAACUCUUUUCUUAGUCUGAGUAUUUUUAUACCGAAUUUAUAGCCAAUUGUGCUUUUAAGCCUCAGACCUUAGACUAGAUCCCAGAAGGCCAUGUAAAAAUGGCUACAAUGGGUAUAUUACCAUGUCUGUCUUUCACACAUGAAUAUAAAUAAACCAAACAUACUAGGGAUGGAACGAUUACCGGUUUCAUGAUA